UUUUCUCUAUAAGUGUAUGCCACAUUAGCUACAUUAUUAUAGUUAAAGAUGAAUGUAAAAUUUUCUUUUCAAACGCAAGUCAGUUAUUCCUUGACUUAAAUUAUGGUAUCAUAACGAUCAGUGCAAAUAUAAAUAUGUCAACGUUUUUAUGGAUUGUUUUCGUUUGCAGUAUAGCAUUGAGCGUUUCACAGCCAGUGAUAUCACCAGGAGGUACCAUCGACGUUUUUCGAGGCGAAAAUCUGACAUUGACAUGUUCAUACGAGGAGAAGCCAUCCGACCGGGGUACAGUCUGCAAAUGGAGUGAAAUUCCACGCGGCGUUGAAUAUCCAAUAUCGCGAAUGUAUCUGUUGUACAAUCAGUCAAUCUGCAUAAAGACGUUUCCUGAUGGUAAUCAUUAUGGUUACGGUUGUCAUGGGAACAAUGCUUUUUUAAUGACCAUCUUCAAUGCGCAAGAGGGCAAUAAUGGAACACGAUGGAUAUGUGAACAAAUGGUUGGGAAAGACAAUAUGGCUCUCAGCGAACACGUGACCUUGAAUGUGAUAGAUCAUCCAACCCAUCAAGCAAUUCAAUCGGUUACUGGCUCGGCGACAGACAUAUCAUCGGGCUCGAGUGUGUCGGACUCGAGUGCCGACUCACCGAAGGAGAUUUUCUCAUCCAACGACUUCGUCAUCUCCACCUCCAUACCAUGUAUAACAACCAUUUUGCUUUCAAACACAUCAUCUGCUAUAUCUAAUGAACACAUUGUGUUUGAAUCUGGUGAACCUGUCUCGCAAGGCUCUGAAACGUACAUAAUUAUCGUUAUAACGGCCGGCUCAAUUGUGUUCAUUAUGAUCGGAGUGGGGGCAACGUACCAUGUUGUUCACAUGAAAAAAAGUAGAAGAUCAAGAGGCCACUUAGAAUCAGAAAUCAAUAUAGUUGAAGGACAAAACCAGCCUCGAAGUGCCUUCGUGGUGACACCAACAUACGAACAGUUGCAGCUAAGGUGUGAAACGUUGUAUGAGGGUAUCGCCACUUAUCAGCACAGCGCUUAUAGAGAAUGAUAAUUUCAAAUAUGAUUCAUUAAAGUCCUUUAAUUGAUAAAAAGUGUCAUACUAAAUCCCUUAUUUUCACGAAUACCAAAAUCAAGGUGGGCUUUUCUUUUUAUGAAUUAUUUUUAAAUUGAUAUAUUUUUCAAGCAAGAGAAAAACAGACCGGAGCAAAAAAUUAUAAUAAUGUUUCGAAUAAUAUAAUGUUUAUAUGGCAAUAAACGGUACAUGUAAUUUAAUUGGUAUACAGUAUCAUAUAUAAAAAUAUCUGAUGCCAUCACAUGAUAUAUGUACAUUAAUUGAUAUAUGUGUGGGUAUAAGAAUAUUAUUUGUUCAACUUGUAAAUGGGUUUGUAACUUCAACAUAAGACAUUUUUAAUUUAUAAAAUGUCUUAUACUUACAAUAAACAAACGAAGACGGACAUGUGUAAGAGGACACUACACCUUAAAGGGACCUUUUCACGAUUUGAUAAAUUGACAACAUUGAAACAAAUUGUCUCAGAUUUGCAAAUGUUCGUUGUAUUUAUGUUUAUUGCAAGACAACAGUAAAACUGAACAUUUACUAUGCUCUAAAAAUAUCCAAAAUAUUUUACGAUUUAAACACCUGAAAAUUAUAUGGCGUUACAAAGGCAAAACGAUUGUAUAAUUUAGAAAAAUCUGUUGUUAUCGUUAUACUUUGUGAGAAUUUGCUUACUUUGCUUAUAUAAAGUAUGGUUUGCCGAGUGGUUUCAGCAAUAUACUUUUACUCCAAGGGUCAGUGGUUCGAGCCCAAGUGUGGAGAAAAAUAUUUUCUUUAAAUUCAAUUUUGUUUUAAACUUGAACUUUUUAGUUCAAGAUGAAUUUUCCACGACGAUAUGCGAACAUUUACGAUCGAACGUCGGAAGCAAGACGUAGUUCACAUGGAAUGAAUUGUCACACACAAAAUAUAAACUAGAAUUUUGUAUCUUUUGUUAAAUCUAUGUUACCAGAAUACAUCUAUGUUACAAUUGUGGCGAUUGCUAUAAGGAAGACCGAUUUUUUAUGUGUUAACUUUAUUUUAAGAAUUAUUUUACGAACUAUUCGUCGAUUUUUAGUGUUUAUGGGGCUUUUAAGACACCCAAGCAUUAUGGAUGGAUAUAUUCACCGACAUGUUUAAAAACGUGCAUUCUUUGUGACUCGCUGUUUGUUCUCAAAAGAGCAGAACAGCAUGGCACGUUUUAACACAUUAGUAAUAAUAAACUUACAGCCGAAAAUAUAUAAUAAGUUUUUCCCAAGAAUUGGAAUUGUGUCUAUAUUAUCUAACCGCAUUAUUUUUCUCAAUCAAUUACGGAUUUUUACAUCCAUUUAACUUUAUUAAAAAAUAAUAAAGAGCCUUCUCUUACAUAUUACAUUCUCACAAAAAUCAUAUGUUAAUUUAGUAAAAAUGCAUAAACAAAA